CCCCCUGCAGAUGCCCAGCCUUCCCCUGGAGGUGGUGCUACAGCCGCCUGGAGCAGCGUGCGUGCGGUGGUGGAGUUGCUGGAGGAGGAGGAGGAGUGGAGCACUUUUUUUUGGGACACUUUUCUUUUUUGAAACGCUGCGGAAAAAAAAAACUUCCAGCGAAAGAAAUGACAGACUGUGGAAAGGAGCGCUUGGCUUGUUUUUCUUGGGUUUGCCUUGGGUUCAGCGUGGAACUGUGUCUUGUACGAAAGCUUGGAUGAAGUCCUGGGACGUGGGACGUUCUUCUAGCAACCUGAAAAAGCUUGUGAGGGAACUCCUCCGUACGUACGGCGUCUUCGUGCAACGUGGUUUCACCUGGUUUGGGGUUUUUGAAGGAGCGCGAGCGGCGCCGCAGCUCUGGACUUGAGCGAUUGACUAAUUGAGCGAUUGAGCGGUUGACCGGUAAAGUGGAUCAAGUGGAUCAGUGGAUGGAGCAAGUUCUGGACGCUCGUUUUUGGACACGGCUCGUGCUGCUGGCUUUGCGUGGACUGAACGGUGCGUGGAAGAAGUUGGACAGUGGUUCUGUUGGUCCAGUUUGAGCGUGGGUUCACUUUUCUGUACUGCACUUUAGGAUCCGGAGGUUCUGUUUGAUGUGUGUUGGAAGCGGGACAUUGGGGAAAUUGGGGGUUUGGAGCGAAACGAGCAGGGACGGGGCUUUGUAGAUGAUGAUCGUGAUGAUGUGAUUCUUCUUAUUUGUAUUUCUUCUCUCUCUCUUUUUCCCUUUCUCUCUCUUUCAUUCAUUCAUUCAUUCAUUCACAUAUAUAUUAAUAUUCUCCACGUCUCUCUUUCUGUUUCGCUCUCUCUCUUUUUCUCUCUUUUUCUCCUCUGUAGGAAGGGAGGGAGUGUGGGGGUGCUCUGGUGGGAGGUGGGAGGGUAAUUUAAAAGGACCUAAAAAUAAAAGCCUGGGUUUUUUUGGCUCCACAAAGAAGAUCAUUUUGAACUUCCUACCGCAGAAGCUGAAGGACGUAAAUAGUUCUGACAUGUGGAUGUAAUUUCAAGGAAGGGGGGAGUAGUGGGUGAGAGAGCGAGAGAGAAAGAGAGUGAGAGAGAGAAAGAGGCACUCUCACACUGAAGAGAAAGAGAGAGAGCAGAGUAGACUGUAGAAGAGUGGCUGAAUCAAAGCGCCAUCAUCCAUCUAUCCAUCCUCCAUCUAUCUCAAAGCUCUCAUCUCAUCUCCUUGGUUUCUUCUCGCACGUGGAGGAGGAGGAGCAGUAGUGAAAUGCAUGGUGAGGGGCUUCUUUGGAGGAGCUGAAGAAGACCUCCACCUUUAUCCAAGCCUCGAUCAACCAGAGAGAUCAACUUCUCCUGUCCUCGUGCUCUUCUCUCCGCGUAAAAGUGAAGUUGUGGAGCGCCCUGAGUGUCCGGAUGGGUUCCGCGCUCGUGGGCCACGGCGUGGGCUUCCUGCUCGUCAGCUCGCUGCUCAGCUUCAUGUGCACGCUGGUGGAGGCUGACGAUGUUCUCACCAAGGAGGAGCAGAUCUAUCUGCUGUUUAACGCCAAGAGGAAGUGUGAACGAGCCAUCAAAUCCAGACACAGAUUACCCGAAGGUUUCUGUAUGCCUGAGUGGGAUGGGAUCCUGUGUUGGCCUGAGGGGGCUCCUGGAAGAACCGUGUCCACAGCCUGCCCUGAAUACAUCUACGACUUUAACCACAAAGGCCACGCCUACAGGAGGUGUGACCUGAAUGGGAGUUGGGAACUGGCCACCAGUAACAACAAAACCUGGGCCAAUUACAGCGAGUGCGCAAAAUUCCUCCAUUACAACCACCAGAACCAGGAGAGGGAGGUGUUUGACAGGCUCUACCUCAUCUACACCAUCGGAUACUCCAUCUCCCUCGGCUCGCUGAUGGUGGCCGUGGUGAUCUUAGGAUACUUCCGGCGGCUGCACUGUACGAGGAACUAUAUCCACAUGCAUCUGUUCGUGUCGUUCAUGCUGAGGGCGAUCAGUAUCUUUGUGAAGGAUGUGGUUUUAUAUUCUGGGGCGGUGCUGGAGGAAACAGAGCGAGUCACUGUGGAGGAUCUGAAGUCCAUCACUGAGGCUCCGCCCGCCAACAAGACCCAGUUUGUGGGCUGUAAGAUCGCCGUCACGCUCUUCCUUUACUUCCUGGCCACCAACUACUACUGGAUCCUGGUGGAGGGGCUGUAUCUGCACAGCCUUAUCUUCAUGACCUUCUUCUCCGACAGGAAGUACCUCUGGGGCUUCACUCUGAUUGGUUGGGGAGUUCCGGCCAUGUUUGUGACGGUCUGGGCGAGUGUGCGAGCCACUCUCGCCGACACUGAGUGUUGGGAUCUAAGUGCAGGAAAUCUGAAAUGGAUCGUUCAGAUCCCCAUUCUCACAGCUAUAGUGGUAAAUUUCUUGCUGUUCUUGAAUAUAAUUCGAGUUCUGGCGACGAAGCUGAGAGAGAGUAACGCAGGAAGGUGUGACAGCAGACAGCAGUACAGGAAGCUGCUGAAGUCCACGCUGGUCCUGAUGCCGCUGUUCGGCGUUCACUACAUCGUCUUCAUGGCCAUGCCGUACACCGAGGUGUCGGGGAUUCCGUGGCAGAUCCAGAUGCAUUACGAAAUGCUCUUCAACUCCUUCCAGGGCUUCUUUGUUGCUAUUAUCUACUGCUUCUGUAACGGAGAGGUGCAGGCGGAGAUUAAGAAGUCGUGGAGCAGGAGAACGCUGGCGCUGGACUUUAAGAGGAAAGCUCGCAGCGGCAGCAACACCUACAGUUACGGGCCCAUGGUGUCUCACACCAGCGUGACCAACGUGACGGCCCGCGGGCCCCUGGCCCUCCACCUCACCACGCGGCUGGGGCCCGUCACCAACGGCCACCGGAACCUCCCCGGCUACGUGAAGAACGGCUCGGUCUCAGAACAGUCCAUCCCCUCCUCCGGCCAGGAGCUCCACCUCCAGGAGGAGGACACGUCCAAGAGCGUCCAGGAGGACAGCAAAGCCACGCCCCCUCCACUGGUGGAGGAGGAGAGGGAGACGGUCAUGUGACCCUCGGCGCUUCGGGCGAGGUCACGUGACCCUGGAGCUUCAGUUGAGAUCAUGUGACCCUGAAAACUUACAAUUGAGUCACGUGACUCCAGGAGCUUCAUUUCUGGUCAUGUGACUCCAGGAGCUUCAGCUAAGGUCAUGUGACUCGGAGAGCUUCAACUAAGGUCACGUGACUCUAAGAAAUUACGGUUGAGGUCAUGUGACUCCAGGAGCUUCAUUUCUGGUCAUGUGACUCCAGGAGCUUCAUUUCUGGUCAUGUGACUCCAGGAACUUCAUUUUUGGUCACGUGACUUGAGGAGCUUCAACUAAGGUCAUGUGACUCAGAGAGCUUCACUUAAGGUAAUGUGACUCCAGGAGCUUCAUUUCUGGUCAUGUGAAUCCAGGAACUUCAUUUCUGGUCAUGUGACUUAUGCAGAUUCAGAUGUGACUCAUAGAGCUUCAGGAACUUUGGUAUUGGUCGUAUGAUCACAUGGGCUUCAACGGAGGUCAUGUGACUCUGGAAGCUUCAGCUUAAGUCGAUGGUUGUUGAGUGUGUGUGUGUGUGUGUGUGUGUGUGCGAGAGUGUGUGUGUGUGUGUGUGUGUGUGUGUUUGAGAUAACGAGUGCGAGCAGAGCCUUCAUAUCUCAGGAUGUCCUCUCAGAUUAGCUGGAUUUGAUGAUCUGUAGCUAAGCGCUAACGGCGUGAAGCCGGUCUCUCAGAACUCUGGACGCCGGGGCGACUUCACGAGCAGCGAUUGGAGGACAAAAAAAGACUUAUUUUUCUUUUCUUUUCCCAAAAAAAUGUUGCAGAUUUCUGUAACACUAAUAUGUAAUAUACUGUACGUGUUUUUGAAUAUGUGGCGCUUUUUUUUUUUGUUUGUUUUUGUUUUUUUUGAAGGAUAAAUUUGCAAAGGAAAUUCAUCUCAUCUUCAUUAAGUAGAGCAUCGAUCAGCUUUUAAUGCUAAUGCUAAUUCUGAUUCUGGUUAAACUCGGAUGUGAGAAAUUCAAUGUGAGUUCAAGUCAGAUUUCCUGAGGGCGUGAUGGAAAAGCCUCAGAAAAACCCAACUUUAAAAUCCAAGAUGGCUGCCAAGAACAUUAGCAGCAGUAAGAUCAGUAUUAUAAUACAGUUUAUUUUCACUACUGUCUCAUUAGUGUCUCAUUAAAUCAGUCUUAAUCACA